AUGAAUGAGAGACAGUCUGAAUUUCAGCCAGACAGGCAUCAUGAAAACUGCUCUGCUCCGCCUUGUCAGGGCCACACCUCAGCUGCCACUGCUGCUACUAGACCGGAUUUGGGAACCUCCCACUGUGUUGAGCCUGCUUCUGCAGCCAAAGCCUCUACAGAUGCAGCUGCAGUGAACAUCCCUGUCACCACUUCUGUGACUGGUAAGCUUAAAAAGACCCCAAGCCCCAGCGUAGCUACUUCAAAAGAAUUCGAAAAGCAGCAGCAGCAGCAGCAGCAGCAACAACAGCAGCAGCUAGAUGUUGAAAAGAAAAAUGAAAAGUUAAAGAAAAAUUAGAAGAAAUCAAAGCCAGAGGUUAAAGCAGUGCAGAACAGUACAUGCCAUGAUGGAAAGGAAGUUGAUGAAGGAGCCUGGGAAACUAAAGUCAGUAACAGAGAGAAACGGCAGCAGCGUAAGCGUGACAAGGUGCAGCCUGAUACUGGUCCCUUGGAUCCGGCUGUCUCGGGGAUAGAAAGUGCCUAUACAGUAACUACUGAGCAGCUUAUUACAGCUUCGUUUCCUGUUGGUUCCAGGAAGAAUAAAGGUGAUUCUCUUCUCAAUGUUCAAGGUAGCAACUUUAAGUCUGGAAAAGGAGAUCUCACCCUUCAGGGAUUGAAUGAAAACCCUACUGUAAAUGGAGGAGGCUGGAAUGAAAAGUCAAUAAAAAUCCCUUCACAGAUCAGUGCAGCUUCUUGGUCUGGUAACGUGGAUAGGAGGGUAAAUAAUAUGACUGAGCAGAAUUCUGCUCCCUUUUCGUCUCUGGCACUCAACACUACAGUUUCUGAUGGACUUUCUUCUGCUGAUCCCAGCUCUGAUUGGAAUGUGCCAGCUGAAGAGUGGGGGAAUUGGGUAGAUGAAGAGAAGGCUUCAUUUCUGAAAUCCCAAGAGUUAGUCCAUGAAGAGAAAUUUUCAGAUGAUGAUAAAGAAAAGGAAGACAUGCCUCUUCAGAGUUCUGCAUCUGGCAAAUCUAAAAAGAAGAAGCAAGGUGAAGAAACUAACUCUCCUGCACAGGAUAUGGAAGAAUUAGAGAAAGAGUUUAGGGAAGAUGUUCCAAUGGAGACCUCUAAAGUACAUCCAAAACAGAAAAAAACUCUUUCUUUGAAGACCAUGAGCACUAGUGAUCCACCCGAAGUACUCAUCAAAAGUAGCCAGCCUGUUAAGACUCUUCCACUUGCUGUUUCUCCCGAGCCAUCUGUAAUUUUAUCACAAAAUGAAUCUGACAAGAUCCCCUCCCAAGUGCCCCAGACGCUACAAGAAACAGCUGUUUCCAAGCCUAAUCUUAAGCAGAGUAGUGUGCCUCCUUCCCAGACCAAGUCUGAAGCUAGCUGGGAAUCUCCCAAACAAGUAAAAAAGAAGAAAAAAGCUAGGCGAGAAACGUGAAUGUUUUAUCCUGAAUUGGAC